UCACCUCUCUCUUCCCACUUACAGUCCGGCUUUUCCCCCACCCAUAUAUGUUUUUUCCAUCCUCCAGUACAUAACCGUACUCAGACUUUGGCCUCCUUUUAUAGCGUAGGAUUUUUUUUUAAUUCUCCCACCCCCCCUCCUUCGUAUCAAAAGUCGCCAUUUUGCUUCGCUGAUUUUUUUUUCCUCUUCAUUCUUAGUUACCUUUUGCAGUUGCUUUAGUCUAACGGGGAUUUCGCUAUCAUAUCUUACUAGUACUCCCUUCCUCACAUUUUACAGACGGACGUUGCCGAGCGUUUGGGCCAUAAUAUCUGACCCAGCGGGGUGCAUCGGACAGUUAUUAAAUAUUAAUUAACCCCCAAGCCCCUUUUAUAGUGAUGAUGGCAGUGCUGUGGCGGCUUCCCGCCUUGUGUGUCACAGUGGGGUGACACUGUUAGCGCAAACCCUGUUUUCCCUGUUGCCAUCCCUGCUGUUAGACCCGUGACCUGCCACAGAUAUGGCUGACACUUGCAGUAGUGGAAGUGGAAGUAGAAUGAUGGGCUGUGAGAAGGAAAGUGCCCUCGGAGACAGCAGUGUUAAGCACAGUGAAGUUAACCAACCACAUCCCCUUAAUAAACAAGGCAAUAUAAUGGCUUCUCAGGCAAUAGGAGGCAAGAAGAAGGGAAGACCCCGAGUGGAGAACCCAGAUCUGCGAGACAUCCCGGCAAGUGUGAUGCUGAAGUGGAAGGAAGAAUUAAAGUCCCGUGCCAGAGUAAAGUGCCCCCGUGCUGGUUGCUGGCUUGAGUUCCCUAGCAUUUAUGGCCUAAAGUAUCAUUAUCAACGCUGUCAAGGGGCAACAUAUCGUUUCGUUGGCUCUGACAGUAAACACUGUUCUUCGCUGCAGGGUGCUGUCAUGGAGAAGUUGACCCACCCAUGCCCACAUUGUGAAGCGCUGUUUGCAUCAAAGACACAACUCGAGAAGCACCGGGCCUGGAACCACCGUGAUAUACUUGUACAAGAAAUGAAAGCUGUGAACAGACUGCUGGAACCAGCUGAAAGGAGCAGUGGGAAAAAGAGGUUUGCUGAAAAUGUGGAGUCUUCCAUUAUAAAACCUAAACACACAAAGACAGAAGUAGUCAACUUCCAGCACUCAGAGAAUGGAGGAUAUGCAGUGCUUCAUGAAAAGAGGGACUUGCUGCAAGAGACAAGCAUGCAUGAGAAAUCUUCGAGCAGUGGCAGUGAAGUGGAACAAGGAAACGAGUUGUGCUUUCCUGAAGAAGACCCUGAGCGAACAAAACACAGAAGGAAACAGAAAACCCCGAAGAAGUUUACUGGGGAGCAGCCAUCCAUUUCAGGAACAUUUGGAUUGAAAGGUAUUCAAAAAAUUGAAGACAGAAGUUUGGCUGGAAGACCUAAGAAGACAGAAGGUAUCCCUAACUUAGAAGAUAUGAAAAAGAAACCUCCCGCACCAAUUUCACGGAAAGAAGUUGUGUUACCAGGCACAAAGGAAGAAAAGUGGCUCCAGGAGAUUAAUGAGAAGGGGCAGGUCCUGUGCCCAACCUGCAAUGCUGUGACUCGGAAAACAAUUCCAGGUUUGAAAAAACACAUGGAAGUCUGUUUAAAGCUUCUAGAGGCUCUGAAGUGUCACCAUUGUGCAAAGCAGUUUAAAUCAAAAGCUGGUUUAGAUUAUCACACAUUGGCAGAACAUGCAAACCAGCCAUUGAUCACACAAGAUGGAAUAGUUGAUGAACAAAAGGAACGGGACAGGCUUCGAAGAGUGCUGAAACAGAUGGGAAGACUGAAGUGUCCCAACAAGGAAUGUACAGCAAUGUUCUCCAGUCUGAUGGGUUAUCAGUACCACCAGAAACGAUGUGGGAAAGAGUUGACUGAAGCUGAGAAGCCUGUGUUUAAUUGCAAAUAUUGUGGAAAGCAAUACAAAUCCAAGGUUGGCCAUGACUACCAUGUGCGCUCGGAACAUACAGCGCCUACAGAAGAAAUGGAGGUUAAGACAGAAGAACAAGUGGAGGAUUUUGAAAGGACGCCAAGUGGCCGGGUCCGUCGCCAGUCGGCACAGGUUGCUGUCUUCCAUCUUCAGGAGAUUGCAGAAGAUGAGCUUGCCAAGGAUUGGACCAAGAGGAAGGUGAAAGAUGACCUAGUGCCAGACAUCAAGCGGUUGAAUUAUACACGUCCUGGUCUUCCAAAGUUCAACCCAAAGCUGCUGGAAAUCUGGAAGAAUGAGGUGAAGGAAAAGGGACGUGUCUUUUGUCCAAAUAUCUGCUGUGAAGCUCUCUACUCCAGUGUUUCUGGAUUAAAGGCCCAUUUAGCUAACUGCAGCAAGGGCGGUUAUUCAGCGGGGAAGUAUGGAUGCCUUCUGUGCCACAAGCAGUUCAAUUCAGAGAGCGGAGUCAAAUACCACAUACUUAGAAGCCAUUCUGAGAACUGGUUCCGGCCAUCUUCUUCCGUAAGCAAGAAGAACAAGAUGAAAAAGUUCAGCACUUUAGUAAAUGACAAGCAGAAAAGCACAACUGGGAAGAAAAGAGGCAGAAAACCCAAGGAAAGGCCUCUAGAGCUUUUACCAAAAGAACCACUGAGGCCAGAGAGAAAGACUUACACCAGGAAGCCAUUCAGCAGCAUGGCACAUCUAUUGCAUCACAGCAAUGUAGAAAGGGAGAAGGGGAAUAGGCUAUUCUGCAACAAGAAGAGAAGUCUGAAUUUUGUGAUUUGAUCGAUACAUGAUCCACAUUCUUGAGCUGUCAUUCUUGGCCUCAUCUUUUGAUGUACUUUCAACUUUCCGUAACCAUUAAUGUUUCAAAUUUUUGUCAACAUUCAGUUGUUUCACCAGUGCUCUGUACUUGCUAUUAUAACUGUGUACUUUUCAAAUAUCUUUUCUUCUGGUCAUAAUUUGUAUUAUUUUUCUUUCCGUUUAACACUUUAUGUUGCUAUUUCUUUUGUAUCCACUUCUGAUUUGAUUGUUAUGCGUACUCCCUUCUGAAAUGCUUCUGCCAAUCUUAGUAAGGAUAUCAUGUUUGACUUACUUUUUUCCUUCUGUAAAACUUUCAGUUUGGUUUGAUGAUGUCUGCAAAGAGCUAUACAGUCCCACAACCAGCACUGCAUACAUGUUUGUCUUUCUCCAGAGUGGCCAGUCCUGUGCUUCCAUUAAAGUAAACCUGUCUGCUACUGCAGCCUGCCUCCCAUUGGAUUCCCGUUUCCUACUGCUGUAUAAGAAAGCUAGUUCUGACAGGGAUGCUGCAUCACAGACCUAAAAAACAAAAAAGUAUGCUUCCGUGGUGCUUACAUUUUGUCACAGAAAAGUUAAUUUUCCUUCUGCAGACAUUGAUUUUUUGUCCUGAAAGAUUCUUUUUUUCUUAGCUGUAACCUCUGUAUGAAGGAUCUCAGACCUAUAAACCAUCUUAGGCUCAUAAGGCAAGAACCAGGCUAGCUGCCUUUGUAGCCUUGUGGACCCUGCAUACAAAAAAUGUCUUUUUCUUGACUAAGUACUCACAGUAUGUGUCUCAGAGAUUUCAUUGGAGGUUGCUGACCCAUGAAAAGUCAGUAUUACAUUUGGUGAAUAGAUGGAUUGGUAAGUUAUGGUUUCUCUUGAUCACAACUUAUCCAUAAUGUGUAAAUACCAAAACCUGAGAUACCACAUAUAUAACAGAUGGCAGGCUUCAAUGGCAGGGGUUGCAGCCUGUGUGUACCAGCCACCCUUGUGUUCAGCCAGUAGUGACCAUUCCUAAUUCUACCUAGAUUUGAGUAUCUGAUGAAAUUUUUUUUCCUUUUAGGAGAGGUAGUAGACAUUGCAGUGUUCACAUGUUUGCAUUGACAUUAAGUUUGUCUUUAGACAUGUCCACAAGAGGGUGCAUCAUGUAACGAGUCAUCUCUGGAACUGUCUGGAUUCUGUGGCUGAUAUUUUUCACUACUUUUAGCUUGCCAAAUCUUUCUGGAAUUUUAAAGUUUAGAAGAAAGGCAGGAAACCAGAUCCCUCUGCAUUUGGGGAAGUCUGCUUAGAGAGGCUGUCAUUUUGUGAGGAAAACUGCUUUCGUCCUUCAAAGAAGAGGAACUGAACCUCCUACAUUUGUUAUUCUUCACAACGUUAUUAUAGCACCCAGAACUAGAGUGAAGUUAAUGAAUUAUAACUGGAAUUUUUACUUGGCUUUUCCUUUCAACAGCUGUUGGCAGAUGUUGCAUCUUGGACAGAAGUGUAUAAUACACAGUAUAACCCAAAGCCUAGAUGAUCCAUCUUUGAUUGCAUGAAAAUGUGACAAGUGGGUGAUCAUUUGGCUAAAAGUGGAUCCCUGGGUUAUUCACCAUAAAUGUCUGUGAAACUGGACCAGUCUUUGGGGUGAUACUUUUUAAGUGAAAUGUGACUGGCAGUGGUAUAAUUACCAAACUGUGAGCCAAGAUCUCUAAGCUGAGUAACAUUUGCAUCUUUUAUUGAGUUGAUCUUCACACUUCAGAUAAACCUAGCUGAUUCCAGAACAGUGUAAAGACACUUAGGAGCAAAAGAUGGUGGAGAGCAUUGGUUGGGGUCAGGUAGUUACAGGUCAUGAAUAUGGCUCAUCAGAAAUUCUCAUUAGGAAUACUUAGAAAACCAUGGAUAUUUGGGGCUGAUGUCUAGAUGAAGACUUUUGGAGCCAGUAGAUAUGGAACAAAUAUCUCUUCUAAUGCUUACACUGUAAAGAUCAGUGCCAUGGUGCAAUAAAGUAGAAUCCGGAUAUUUGAGAAACUGAGAGACUGAUGAUGCCAAAGAAGACAUCAGUGCAGUUAUUUUUCAGAUUCCAAUGACUACCUGAUUGCCACAAAUAACACAUACCUGUAAGAGGUUGUACAAAGGCUUCUUGGCAAAGAGGGGGUGCUGAGAGAUGCAGAGCUAUUUCCUAAGCUGUCAAAACCUGGUACAUGAUGAAAAGUUCUUGAUCCUUAUGUUUUUGUAUUUUUUUUCUUAUUUAUUUGUUAUCAUGGGUAUAUUGGAAAUGUUUAUCCUUGUUUAAGAUCAUUCUGCCAAAGUGGAAGACUUAAAGGAGUUUUCUUCUUAAUUUUUUUAUUUAUUUUUGUACUUUUAAGAAAACAAUCAGUUCUUGAGCAUCUGUCUUCUUCUGGUAGCAAUACUGGGCUGGGCAGCAAUCUUACUUCCAGUAAUUAAAGUAAUGUAGGAGGAAGUCACGGGGUAGUAUUUUCCACAUGCACAGUCAGCAGGCUAUUCCACAGGCAUCUAAAGGUCAUCACAAACGUGAAUAUCACAAGUGCAAAAAGAACAGUGUUAAAAUCUAUGACUAGACUAAGCAAAGCUUGAUCCAGUGAGAGAAGAACUGGUGAAAACACACUUUAUUUAAUGAUGAGAAAGUGAUAGGCAUCAGUACUGCAGAUGUGACCUCAUAAGGUGGCUUCUGAUACUUUUUUAAAGGGUUCCAAGUACUGGCAGACAAAAGUUGUUGUUGUUGUUACCCACUGAAGAAAACGUUGAAGUCAAAUACUGGGACAUGUCUCAAUCUUGUCAGUGAGCUGGCCCUUCUCAGUCACUAGAAACUGAAAUAGCAACCUUUUUUCACCCUGCUUCCUGCCAACAAUCAGCCCCCACUGAGACAACUGAGCCAUUUGUUCCCUUUCAAUGGGGCGAGAGCCAAUCAAGACAUCAUUAAGGCAGACAAUCAAGAGGAGCUGUUGUUUAGGCAGCUAUUGUUUUUUUUUUUUUUUACCUUGCUUGCAACCUGACACUCUGUACAUGCCCAGUGAGUAUUCUGCCAGGAUGACAGGCAAUGGGUAUAAUUCAAGACAAGCCCUCAAUUCUGCAAGUGAGGUAAGUCUACAAAUGACUCCUCCUAGACUGGACACAGAGUACGUUUCACAGUCUCCGCUAGAGAAAUCAAUGCAGAGCUGGUACAGCCCCUUUGUUCCUCCCCUCCUCUGCCAGCUUUCAGACACCUGAGCACCUAAUCAAGCACAGGUCACUUUAAAAAAAAUGCUUCUAUCAAAGGUCAGAGCUGUAAUCCUUCAUACCAGUAGAGCUGGCAAAACCAAAUAACAAUAUCUGAUUACCUAUUAAAAAUUGUAUAACAUUAGAUUUUGUCUGAUACUUGUCUGUGGAGUGUACCCCUCCCUGUUUUUUUACUAUUCUUUGGUACUGUGAAUUCAAAGACAUUGCACAGAAGGUAGAGACUGUGUUCUGCAAGUCUCCUUUGUGGUCCUAGUUGUUCCCCUUCCCAUAGGUCUGCUUAUUUAUCUUGGUCGCAUUGCCUUGUAUAAGCUUCCUUGUGUCUGCAUGCACACAGUAAGUGGACCACAGAUGCACUGGCUAUGAUAGGACUCCAGCAUUCAGUGUGCCUAGUCUGAAAAACACUGUCAUGUCACAGAUCUUGAAACUGCACACAGUAUCCAUGGGUAGACUUGAUAAUUACAAUGGAUAAUCUAAUACCAUCACAAAAUAAUUGUUUUCUUUUUUACUUUGUGCACUUUUAAUUCUGUUGCAUUAACACUACCUGCUUUGUUCGAAUAAGUCAGCUGUUUGCUUGAAAUAACAGGAAAGUUCUGUUUAAUUUUAACACACUGUUGUGGUAAUGUAAGUAGAAUGUCAAAGCAGGCUGUUGUUGUCUGUUGGUAUAUCAAGUCUCAGUGACAGAACACAUGUAGCAUGGUUCAAGCAGACUGCGCAGUGUUACAAGACUGUAGUGAUAUCACAAAAGGAUCAUGGCCAGAAGAGUAGUAGUAUUUUUGUGUUUAGUUCCUUGAUUUAUACUUAUCAGUAGAACACAGAUUUAAUCCUACAUCAGCAUUAUUUGUUUUUUAAUAAUGCAUCAUGCAACCUUUUCAGAUUUGCUGUGAGAGAAUCCUUCAGUUUUUUUCUUGGUUUUUCUUACAUCCCUGUACAAUUCAUCUGUGGCCAAAUCAAUAUCACAGUGAUCUUACUAUGGGAUCCUUUCAUAGGAGUGUAGCCUUGUUUUGGAUCCUCAAGUGAAUUUGUUCAAUAGUCUCACACAAAUUGAGCUUGUUUCGAAAUAUUUCAUCAGUUAUUUAUGUCUUUGGCUUAGAAAGAAUUCCCAGCUGUCACUGCAGUUUUCUUGUAGUCACACUGUCUUGGCAUCUUAGAAGGUGCCACUUUAAGUUUAUUUUGGCAUUUUUUUUCUAGACUUCCCAUACUAUAGUUACACUCUUGUUGCAGAAGGCAACAGAGACUUCAUUGCUUUAUUGUAGUGUCUGCAAGUGUCAUUGUAGUCUUAUUCUAAAAAUCUGAUGGUUUAACAGGGACAGGGAAGUCUAUAUGCUGUGCUGCAAUACUUAAGUGAUCAUCUCCUGUAGUUUUUGAAUACUUUCCACACAUUUUCAAAUGCUAACAAAUAGUUGUUUUGAUUUAUGAAUUUAUUUUUCAGGCAGCAGAGUGGUGCAGUAGUUAAUGUUGUUGCUUCACAUCAGGAGGUUCUCCGUUUCAAUUCUCGGCUGGGAUGCCUUCUGUGCAGAGUCUGCAUGUCUUCCCUUCAUUUGCAUGGGUUUCCUCCAGGUACUCUAGCUUCCUCCCACACUCCAAACACAUAUUGCUGAAGCGUUUAUCCCCAGGCCUCUGCUGAAAAUAGGCUCUGUCCUAGUUGGACUUUCCUGGUCAACAAAUGAUAAAUAAAUAAAUAUUAUACCAAGACAUGAUUUGUGGUUUAAUUUCAGAAUGGAAUAGUCUUGGGCUUCAGCUAGUUAUUCCAUGAUGUAUGUGUUUACUGUUUCUGAGUGUCAUGACCUUGAGAUCAAGGCUGUGGCUCAUUACAAGCUGGGCAAGGAGUUCCCUGAAGGGGUCCUGCACCUACAUUCUUUGAAGAAUCUGUUAUCCCCUUGAGUUUUAAUUUCAUGACUGAAUGGCUUGUUUAGCCAUUCUUUGAACCUGUUGGCUUAUUAACUCAGUAGCUUUGAAGUACAUCUUUUGGGAAGACACUUUUGCUGAUGGCCAUCAAGUCAGUAUACACAUUCUUGGUGUUUUUGGAUGUUAUCUGUAAGCACAAUAUCUGGUCCUUCACAAGGACUGGAUAUAUGGUUGUUAGUAGUAUGUGGUGUCAGAAUUUUCCUUGAACCAGAACAUUCAUCUCCUUUGAUUUAUUUAUUUUUUUCUGAAGCAGAAACUAGAUUAGAAAGAGUCCUUUACACCUGAGAUAUGUACCUUCAGAUCAGGUUAUGACUAAAGUGUGGUCAUGAGUUCAAGAAUACUGAUAUUUUGUUCUUAUUCUUUGCUGCAGGAGGUAAAUGAUGACAUUUCAGUCCAAGUGGAAUAAUAACUGCAUUAUCUUUUGCCAUCAGGCAGUGAAACACCCUUUAAAAAAUGCUUCCAUCAAAGGUCAUUCCACCAUCAGUGCAUUAGUUUCCAUUUCUUAUUUCAUAAAUAUCCCUUUGAGGAUAUUUGUGUUGCUGCCACUUUAUUGGCAAGUCACACCAUCAUUAAGUAUUAUUGUUUGGACUGUGACUCCAGAGGCAGGUUCUGUAUUAUUUUAUUAAUUUAUCCUUUAUUGACUGGGUUAAUCCUACUAGGCUAGUAACUUCAGGGAAGAACCAAGAUGGUAGUUAUGUUAUUUGGUAAUAUUUAGCCAAGGCACUAGGGAAGUUCCCCUACUCUUUUUUCAGUAAGUACCAUGGGAUGUUUUACAUUUACCUGAGCUACCACCAACUUUAGCAGAUGGGAUUUCAGUGUCUCAUCCGAAGGUUAGCAAACUUAGGAGUACAGCACCCCCUGAUGCUGGUUUGCAGUGUAGUCUGCUAAGAAAAAAAGUGCUUAGUGUUGCCAUUUCCAUGUCACUGUAUCCUGUCCCUCAACUGAAUUUACGAUUCCUGUAUCUACACUGCAUUAGGUGUUGUGAGCAAACACAUCAAUACUCCAAUGAAAAGAAUUGCAGAAUAAACAUAAGUGCUGCACUGCUAAUUAGCACAGGUUUUGGCUUCACUGGUAGUUAGUGGGUCUUCCAUCUCUGAGAUUCAGAAAGGGCUAUCACCAACAAUAAACCCUAACUAAUGUAUUUUGUAGCCCUUUUCAAUUCAGACUACUGCAGUGAUUCUGUGAAGUCUGUAGAAUCACCACUGUGGACUGUGUUCACAGCUUACCGCAAAUGUUAAUGAGGCAUUCUGGGGGGACAGCAUAUGAUAAUUAGUUGUAUGCUGUUCCCUGGAAAUAUCUGCAGUAAGUGAAUUACACAGCCAAACAACUCAAAGAACACUCAGCUGCAUAAAUCAACAUCACCAGAAGUUUGUUUUCACAAAUUGCUUUCAGUGGGAGAGAUUGCAUUAGAUGAUUUGGAAAGUGUAGAGAAGCGAUAUUGGUGGUGUGUGUGCAUGCUUGCGUGUGUAUGUGUGACAGAAUGUAUGCAUGCCUGCAGAGUUAUGUGAACGGUGUCAGGUGUGUGUGUGUGUGUGUGUGUGUGUGUGUGUGUAUCUGUGUGUGUGUCUGUAAAUGUGAUCGGGUGAGGGGGUUGGUUUGAUUCACGAUGAGUGUCUGUGUGAGUAUGUGGCUUCCAUACCUUUCAAUUCCCCCUACUGGACACCAGAGACACUUACUAGCUAAUAGAACAACAGCUUUUGUAGCAAGAAGCUGCAAUUAAAAGAUUAGAAGCAUGAAACUCUAUAAUGUCUGGCAUUAAUGACUGACUGGAUUUGUCCAUGAUAGGGACAUGGCAAAGAAGCAAAAUUGUGGACAUUCUGGUAAAUUAGAGUCAGCUAAGAGGUGUUUGUGUGUUUUGGGGGGUGCUGGUGCCAAUGCAAUUCAUGUGCUUCCAGCAGUGAUUACUACAACAACGUUUUUCUUAAUACUUGUGAUAAUUACUGAGCUAUUUAGAGGCAAGCAGAUUAGCAGAUAAUGAGGUAUUUCCUCAUUGCAGCUAGUGUGUCUGAAUUAUAGUUUUCUUGAUCAAGCUAAAGGGCUGUUUUUACCACAGCACUUACUGCUUGCAGCUGGAUUCUUUCUGAAUCCUUGCCCUUCUGUGGUCCAUAUUUUAGGUCAGUUUCUUAGUAUAUUUGCCUUCAAGAUAGCAGUUUUAAAUCCUGAGACUCAUAAGCACAAGACCUACAAUAACAGGACUCAUUGUGUGAAAAGAUGGCCUUUUAAGUCUAAGAUUGCUGUUUUUCAAAGUAUUCUUUUUUUCUCCAAGGUAUCACAGUGCUAAGAGUUAGUAGUAAAUAAGUAGCAGGGGUGUGGGUAUGUAGCCUCCUCAUCAGCAGUGCAGGGGAAAACAGCAAUUGUUAGCAUUCCCUGUUCUCCAUUAGUUUGCCACCCCCCCCCCCCCAAUAAUUCUGAGAGUCACAGGUAUGAGUUUUGGAAUUGCAGUGGGGAGCCUCACUGACAAAAAGGAAAGAAAUACUGAUUAUGAUAGAGAUGACCCCCGGUUGUAGUAUCAGCCUGGGUGAAAACUGUAUGGUACAUAACUUAAUGCAGUGAGGAUUUGCAGUUUUAUUCCAUAAAGGAUAUUCUACAGGCAGCAUGCCCAAAUCACCUUUUAGGACAAAAAUUUUUUUUAUCUUGAAAAGACAUUUUGCAGUCAUUCUGCCAAAAUAUUUUAUGGGUAUAGGAUGGCAUUUUCACUUUUGUCCAUAAUUUUGGUUCACAAAACUAUAGUAUUGAGAUGCAUGAAAGCAGCAAAAUAAAUGUUUACUAUCCUCUGCAAAUGCAGAGUCAUCACAUCCUUAUUGUAAUAUAGUCUUCAGAUUUUUAAGUGAAACUGUGGUCCAAAGCACCUUGUAAAUGUGACAAGUCUAAAAGCGUUUCACAGAAUGUAUUCUGUAUUCUGACAGAUAACUUUUCCCUUAAAACUGUAACUGUCUAACCUUGAUGAAUGCCUCCUUUAAUAGCUUUCAGUACUAUAUCUAAUGCUGUUCAUACUUCACAUGGCAGAGAGAUAGAUGCAAGUUGUAUUUAAUAGUUUUUGGCAAUAAUUAUUUUUUCUACAAAUUUAAAACAUACUGUAUUUACAUUUCUUUGUUAUUGAUAACACUGCAUCAGCCCGUUACUGCCAGCUGUGCUAGUGAAAAGACUAGUCCAUUGGCCAGUUUCUUCUGAUUCCGUGUAACAGCACUGACACCAUUGCAGGUGUUGUAGUAACUGUACAUUGACUAGUGGGAGGGCAGUUUUUGUAAAGGUAAUACAAACGUACUGUGACACUGAAGGCAUGGCAGUGCUGAUCAAUUUUUUUUUUUUUUUUACUGAAACUUUUUUCUUCAUCAGGCAAUUUUGUUGAUCAGCCAGCCAGACAUUUGGAGUAUCCCUUUUUGUCUGCUCCAUCCAAGAGUUCAGUUUACCACCCUUACCAGCUGUUCACAAAUGAGUGGACACUUUAGAGUUUGAUGACACCAAAUUGUUCCUGGACUGGAGACCUAUACUGUUCGGUUGUUGAGAGAUGCAGUUGUCAGUGAACUCUAGAUUUUUUUCCUUUCUCUGAAUUCCAUUUCCUCAAGACAACCUGCAUAAGUGGGACUCCCACAAUACCAGCACGUAAUCCGUAAACCAACCCCAGCUACAGCACUUAAAUGCUUUGGAUGGUGAUUUUGUGGUGCCUUUCAACAACACUAAGCCUCUGCUGGUUUGACAACCAGAGGAUUGCAGAGGGCCAGGUUGCCUCCUUUCCCUCAGACUAGUUGACCUGGUGUUGGCUGCUCAUUCUCAGUGACCCUUGCCAGCUCCUUCACUGCCCAGUCCAUUAAUGGAACGAGGGCCAGGGCUGUGAGAUUCAUAAUCAAAGCUUUCCUCCUCAUUGCCAGUCAGCCAACUUGAUCAGAUAGCUUUCACUGUUAUAUAUCCUUUUCUGGACUGUAAGGAAGAAUGCAUGUUUACAGAGUUUAUAAGGAAUGCUGCAUCUUUCAAAAUAUGAAAAACAUUUUUUAUUCUGAGCAAAAUACAUUAAGCACUGUUUAUCUGCACUGGUGUUCAAAGGCAAGCUAUAGAUGUAAUGCUUGUACUUUUUUUUUUAUUAUUAUUUUUUUGUCGUUAAAGGCAGACUGUAGAUAUGAUUCACCUGCAAGCAGUCAGUAUUUUUUACGUGCAUUUCAGACUAUGCUUGAAAGGGGAAUAAGGAGGUAAGCUUAUGUUAGUUUGCCUGUGCUACACCUGACAUUAAGAGUUCUUCAGUCACGUACCAUUAGCCAGCACCACUGUUAAAGCCCCAACUACAACCCAGGCAACCUAAGUUGUUGUGGAAAAGACAAGCAUGCCUAUUUUCAGCAGAGUGAGAGGGGGACAGACAUAUGCCAUCUAAUGCCACAAUCCUUUGGAGAAGGGGUGGUGACACAAAGGUUGGGCCACUGGUGCAUUUAGCCACCAAGCCAGAAACACUGUAGUCCUCUUUGUGGGUACAUGGGAAUAAUGGCUGUUGUAAUGAUGCAGCUCACUUGUCUGUACCCAGAGGAGUGGUCAGGGCCCAUAGUAAUUACACCCUGUUUUUUGAGAUGCCAGCUAGGACGUAAGCCACCCAAGAGGCUGCCUGUAUGAUGCCCUCACUGGAGAAUGCUCAGGAUGAGGGAAGAAUUGUGCUUGGUUGACAGAGAAGAGGCUUGAUGUUCAGAAGGAGCAGUGGGAAACAAUGAUAAGAAAAAAAAUAGUCACUUACUACUAACUAAGCAUUUUAACACUAGAGUCACAAAGUGCAUAUGGCAGGAAGUUCUGGAAGCUUGAUUUCACAAACAGUGCACUGUGUCUUCUGUUAGAUGAACACUUUAAUCUUUGGCAUAAAAUUUGUUCUAUAUGUGAAUCAGUCUAGUUUGAGAAAAAAAUCAACAUUCCCUGCUUUCUUUUAAAGCACGAUUCCUAACUUUACGACCAUCACCAUGUAAAUAAUAUUUUAAUAAUGUUUCUUUUUCGUACCUCUUUUUUUAUUUUAGUAAUAAUUUUAGGAGUUAUGCACUGUUAAUACUGCAGUUCUGAAAAGUUCUCUGAGCCAUUUUAUCCACUGCAUUUUAAGUAUGUAUACACAUAGUGUAUUUGUGAAAUAAUGUGCUGCGAAGGCCCAAUGACGGGUUAAAAUGGCAUGUAGGGGCUUCCUAAAUGCACUUGAAUGUAUUAGUGGAUGUGGUGGGAAGAAAUGAUAAGCCACUAUUUCCUAAGUACUCAUCCAUGACUUAAGUAAGCUAUUCUGCACAGAAUUUGUUUGGUCUCUUUAUAUUAAAAAUGCUAUUUUAAAGUUAUAAAAUAACUUCAUUAAGAAAUUUCAUAAGCUAGACAAGCAAUUUUUUGUUCUGUUUGUGGUUUGAAAAGAAGUACUCCUAAAUAAAAUGCUGCAGUAGUUUCUGUAUCCAGUAACAGUACCAGUAAAUACUAAAAAGGCAAUUAUUCAUUUUACUGUAUGUAUUUCAAAUGAAGACAAAUGUUGAAAAAUAAUAAAGUUAAGACUUUUUAAUGCUUUACUGAA